AUGCAAUGCAUUCCCGAAAGAUUCUUUUACAAUCAUAUACAAGAUUGCAUGGAUGGUAGUGAUGAAAUUCUGUAUUAUUUUCACAAUGCAGAAGAUCGCUGCCUUUAUUAUUUUGAGAUACGUUGUGAAGAACAUGUAUGUAGUUCAUUGCUAUUUUCAUGUGGUGAAACUGGAACUUGUCAACGUGUAAGUUAUCCUGGAUAUGACGACAUGAAAUGUGCAACCGGUCGUGAUGUUCUUUAUUCAAGAAAUACGCUUCAGUAUUAUUUACCAUCGAAAAUGAGUUAUACAUGUUGGACAUAUUUAAUAUGUGCUUUUAAAAUAAACGAGUUAUAUUUAAUAAAUUGUUUUAAUAUAUGUAUAACACAUCAGUGUAACGAAUUAAUUGAUCUCUAUUGCCCAACAUCAUUUCAAUUUCCAUCACAACCCGUAUUUUCCAAUUUUGUGCGUCUAUAUUAUUCAACCACAACUAAAACAGAUUGGUCAAUCAGUGUAUCACCAACACAUAUAUGUUAUGAUGCUGAACGGUGUACCGCAUUUUCUCCAACAAUUAAAAUUGAUCAAUACGAUUGUCGUAAAUAUAAUGAAUUUCAAUGGAUACAAAAUAUACAUUCAAAUUGGCCUGAUUUACUUAAAGAUAUUAGACUUCAAUUUAGAUUCUGUUCACAAUUUAAUUUUCCUGAUUUAUCGUCAUCAUUGUUGUUCAACUGUAAUGGAUCAUCAAAAUAUAUUUCAAUUCAUCGUCUUCAAGAUACACUUCAUGAUUGUAUAAAUUCAUCAGAUGAAAAGUAUUCAGAAACAUGUUCACUGAAUAUGUCACACCGGUUCCAGUGUAUUGAUACAUCAAUUACACAACAAUGUCUAUCACAAAUAACUGUAAAAGACAGUUUUCGAGAUUGUUUAGAUGGUUCAGAUGAACCAGCUCAAAUCAAUUGUGCAAUAAAUGAAUUUCCAUUCUCACGCGAAUGUCAGUAUUUACGUGGUACUAUUAAAUCGAAUGAUGAUAAAGUUGUACUUAUCUUUUCUCAAAUUUGUAAUGGCGUAAAAGACAUACAAUAUUCUUCUAAUAUUACGGCUGAUGGAGAUGAUGAAACGGACUGUGACGCUUGGCCUUGUAUUACACAGUACACCAGAUGUAAUCAGGUAUGGAAUUGUAAACGUGGUGAAGAUGAAUUAAAUUGUCCAAAAACAGAAUUUAUGCCAAAAUAUUCGUGUAACAGUGAAAAUGAACAUUAUUGUGCUCGCCCAAAUGAAUAUACUUUAGGUUGUAUUUCUGUUAAUAACACAAAUGACGGUGUUAUAGAUUGUUUGGGUGCAACAGAUGAGCGAGAUUAUUGUCGUCAAAUGUAUCCCGAUAAUCCUGAAAUAAGAUAUAGGUGA